AUGAUUAAGAAGCGGUUCGGAUCCGGUGCUUCGAAUAACACCUCGCCGAAGAAGAAGGCAGAGGCCGUAUACAAUAGAAUGGCAUCUAGCUCCCAGCACCCUGAGCUCGAUGAUUUAUCACCUGAAUUGGUGCCCAUUGUGACGUUACUCUCGUCUCAAUCACAUAGACGUUACCAUGAGGGUAUAUUCAUGUUAUACUACGACUUGAACGGUGACGGUAAACCGGCUGAUAGAGAGUGGAAGGAAGUGUAUGGGAUCUUGACCGGGAACCAAUUGGCAUACUGGGAUGCAGCCAACUUGGCAGAAUUUAGAAACAACCCGGAGGCGUUGUUGGAAGCAUCUUCAAAACCAAAUUAUAUCAACUUCACUGAUUCUGUGUACAAUGCUAUGAAAUCGCUUCCAGCAGCCAAGCAGAACUUGGAAAACGUGAUAAUAGUGUCUACCACUUUGAAGAAUAGAUACAUCAUUCAGUUUAAAACUUACGGCGACUUGACCAAGUGGUAUCUGGCCUUAAGAUUGGCAAACUACGAGUACUCGUCAUUGCAGAUGGCCUAUACUGGUGCCUUACUUUCUGCUAGGGGAUCUAGGUUAUCUGAUAUUAGGACUGUGUUGGCGGAAAAGAGAUUCGAUCACGAAGACUGGGUGAGUAUUAGAUAUGGUUCAGGUAUGGCUUGGAAAAGAUGUUAUGCCGUGGUGGAACCAUCCACUAACAAGAAGAAACAUUUCACUCCUGGGAGGAUCUUGUUCUUUGAAAGUGAACAGAAAAAGAAAAAACAGUUGAUGGCUGUAGUUUCAAAUGCAUCUUCAGUUUCUGCAGUUUACCCACAAUCCCCUAAAUUGAUCGACCAUAGUACAAUGCUUAAAUUGGAAGGAUACAUAAAUUUCAAGUCGCCCAGCGUAACUACCAAAGUGUCUAAGAAGACUUUGGAAGAUUUCAAGAAUACCUCGAUCUUCAUGAUGCCCGAGGAGCAUUCAGCCGUGCCAGGUUUCGAUACCUUGAUUAGAUUUUUAAUUCCAUUAUUAGAUUCAUUCGGGUUAUAUGGUAGACCUACUAGAUUAAAGGCUGAUAGAAUUGAUCCAGAUUCAUUGUUGUUUGGAUUGCCUACAUUACCCCAUGUCCACUUCUUGGAAAUGGCAGAUGUAGACCCUUUGACUAACAGGCAAGACUUUUUGGCGUGGGAUGUAAAGCAGUGGACUAAUGAAUUAAAGUCCAUCAUGAAAGGAAAAUUAGAUAGAGGUUACGAGGGAUGUGGAAGCUCAAGAGGUUUCUUGGGUGCAGUAAAUUCUUUGAAUAGUCCUGGUAGUCUGUCUGGAAGCUUCAAGAGACCAUCGCAGCCACAGAAGAAUAUGCCAAGUGCAUUGAGCCCUCAAAACUCACAGUUCUCUGCAAAUGUUCAUAGUGGUAGCAAUAAUAGCUUACCACUUCAAAACCAAAAUCACCAAUUUGAUAGAAUUCCACAAGGUUUGGGAAUCGAGAAGACAUUAUCGAAUAAUUCGAAUAAUUCUAUUCCUAGACCAGGUCAGAAUGGAGGUGUUGGAUAUCCUGCUGCUGUUGGUGCUGCUGCAGCUUCUGCAAGUGCUGGAGAAGUUUACAGAGGGGCGAUCUACCCUGGUAUGCAAGGGAGUGAUCCAUCACUAAAGAAAUAUGAUGAGUAUCCAAACAAUAAUGGAUUAGCCGCAUCGUUACCUGUUGGAGCUUCUGAGGACGAUCGUAGGAUGAAUGCCCAUAAAUCUAUUCAAUUGGCUGAUAUUUAUCAAAAGUAUUCUGAUAUUAAAUCUCCGUCUGAUAAGUUUGACAACAAGAGAAAUCAAAUAUUGAAUGGAUCGCACGAAAAAUUGGUGGAGGACGAGUUGCCAGAAGGCUUCAAGCAAAUUAGCUUACAAGAUUUUGGCUUGUAUCCAAAGAAUGAUGAUGAAUUAUUCAGUGAGGAUGACGACGAGGAAGAUAAAUUAGACAGUCGCCAAAUUGGUAUGUUGGGUUCAUCUUCAAGCACAGGUUUAAUUGUACCUCCCUAUGGAAAUAGAAAUAGCAGCUAUGCCUCAGUGAAAUCUCCAAUGACUCAAUACCAUGAAUUCAAUGAACAAUUUAGCAAAGUUGUUGACGGUAACCCAAGGCGCCUACCUCCUCAAGCAUAUCCAAAUUCUGAUGAUGAAGAUGAGGAAAGGAAUGCCCCAACACCACCUCCGCAUCUGUAUUCACUUGACAAGGAAACUCUGCCCUUGAAUUUAUCAAGAAAUAAGCCUGCCUAUAGUAGUGUUGCACAUGGUACAACUACACCUAUCACCUCUGAUUCAAAUGCAGCUGACUAUUUGUCGAUCCAUUCUGAAUCAGGUAAGGUGCAGACCACACAUUCAUCGCCGUACUCUGAAAACUCUAGAGACAGUGGUGGUAAUUAUCCUAGUGAUCAAAGGCAAUUACCCUCAAGAUCGUAUGAUGGGACGCAUCGUAUUUCAUCCCCAAACAGUUCGCAAAAUCACUACAAUGCUCCAAGUAAAGCUCAAGCGCCACCUCCACCUCAGAUAUAUGUAGCUGGACCUUCUCCAAUAGCUCAAAAUCCUUCUCAAGAGGUACCUAGGAAUUUCCAAGGUCAACCGAGACCUUAUUCACCUGCUGGCCCAACUCCCCCACCUAAACAAGGUCCAGGUUAUCAGCAAGAUCCUUAUAAGAAUCAAGCUUAUCAAUCACAACCAAGGGCACAACCUCAGACAAGGCUGUAUGAUAGCCCAGUUCCUGUUGUCCCUCCACAGCAGCAAUCUUACCCACAAUCUGCUCAAUACGCUUCACAAAAGCAAGUACCACCUGCUCCUGCUCCUCACCAGUACCAACAAAAUCCUCCACUACAGACCAAACCUCGUCCGCCCCCACAACAGUACCAACAAGGUCCACCCUCUCAACAAUAUCAGCAAGGACCUCCUGCUCCUCAGAAAUAUCAACAAGGACCUCCCCCUCCUCAACAAUAUCAACAGGGGCCUCCUCCUCCUCAGCAAUAUCAGCAGGGACCUCCUCCUCAGCAGUAUCAACAACCCCCUCAACAAUACCGUCCAGCACCUCAGCAAUAUCAACAAGGCGUACCGCCACAGCUGUAUCGCCCACCUCCACAGCAACAACCACGUAUGCCUGCAAGUUCAAAUUACCAAAGACAACACACUCCUCCUCAACAGGUUAGAAUGCAACCACAAAGUGGAAUUCCCCCAUCGGUCAAUGUUCAACAACAAAGACCUCAGCCUCAACGGACAAAGUCCCAAACUGCUGCAAAUAUGAGAGGAUAUAGUGAUGCCUCUCCACAGUACCAGUAUCUGUAUCAAGUUAGUCCUAACCCUACACCAGGUGCUUCUCAUCAUCCUGAGAGAAAACCACCACCAGGUCCACAACCUCAAGCUCCAAGGGGAAAUCCGUAUGCCAACAGUAGACAAUACUGA